CAACGGACGGUCCGCCGAAACGCGCGACGCUUCGCGUUUCUGCUAAAGAGGCUUAAGCGUAAGUGGUAGUAUAAGCUUAUAAAAGCUGAUUCGUGCAUGUUUUAUGUGUAGUUAAGUGUGUGUGUGUGUAGUGCGAUGGAGUGUAUCACAGCUCUCUGUUUAGUUUUAACCUUUGUUUCCAUUUGCCAAACGGUCCCACAAGAAAAAGUGACUGUGACGGCUGUACAUGGGAGACUUGGACAAAUAACUGGCGGCAAAUUUGGACCUGGAAGCUUCAGUAUAGGUGCACCUGGUCAAAAGAUUACAUCGAAAUUUGAAACUGAAGAUGGAGAACCUGUGGCUAUUAUAAAAACAAAACCGCAUCGGAAACAAAAUCCACCACAACAAGAUGAUCUUCCAAAUAUUUCAAACCUGGAAGAUGGCGCAGAAAUUGAUUCAAGUAAACUUCAAAAGAUACACGAAGAGUCAGGACAUAGAGGUAAAGGAGGUGAAGGUGGCAAGGGAGGUGGUCAAAUAACAAUAGGUAAAGUUGUUAUUGCCAAAAACAAUGAUAAACAAGAGAAAAGAAGGGAAAAUAAUAAUCAAGAAUCUGUUACUCUAUUAGAAGCAGUAUCCUCUUUUGAUGGGCCAAUAAACACAUCUAAAGGUAAACCAAUAAGUGUUGGAACUAAAACUGUACAGAAUCCUAAAGAUCACGCUGGAGCAGGAGCAACGAGUUUAAAAAAUCAAAAUAUAAGACCAGAAAAGGUUAUUCCCGAGAAAACUUUACGUGGGUCACUUGUCAAUGAUAAUGGAAAUGUCUACACUGGAGGUCCUAAUGAGCGUUGGGUGUGGCAAUAGACUCGGGACAUAUCAAGUUGAGUCCUUAGAAACUCCAUAGCCCGGAAGCUAUUCUUAAUCCGAGUUGAUGUACCUA